AUGGCUGCCGCAGCAGAUACGACGGCGUUGCCAUCGUUUGUGUGUGUCGACCCUGCGUCUGCCGCGACGGUAACGGAGGCUGCGGCGGGGGUGACGAUGACGAUCAAUGAGACGGCGUUUUCUGACAUGGUCGCUCCGCCAGAGUGCGACGCGACGGUCGGCUGGGUGUACAUCGGCUCCCCACCGGAAGCCCCGCUCAGCCACAACACGCCAAGGAAUCCGGCCAACGGCGGUGAUGAGCGUGAUGAGCGUGGUGAGGGUGCGUCGGCAGGAGGGCCACCGGGUGCAACGUCCGCGGCCGUCACAACUGAAGACCCGCGGAGGGCGACCCAGCCGGAAGCACUUCCGCCUCCUCCGUCUUCUGCCGCUGCUACGCGAAACUCGUCGCACGAGGCGGUGGCCCAACAGCGAGAGCGCCGCCGGAACGUGGCGCAAAGCGAAGAGGGAAUGCACUUGGAUGGUGCAGCCGCGUCCUACUCUCCGUCUGCCCCUGCUCCUGCUGCUGUUGCUUCGGGAGUGGUUUGCACUUCGACUUCCACGCCAUCUCUCACAACCCCAGCACGCAGCAGUCCCCCCAGCGGUGAUGGCAACAACGAUGCUGGUCUUUUUGCCAUGCAGAUGAGCGGCGUCUCCGCCCUCAGCACCACCGCGCUUUCCAGCGGAACCCCCGACGCGAUCAGCACCGUGCUUGCGCUCGAUCGUCACAUGGACGGCUUACGUCAGCACCCGUCGUGGGUGGCGGCGAUGGAGGCUGCAAAGACGCACGUGUUCGUGGAAGGCGAGGGCGGCCGGCCGGUGACCUCGCGGAAGAACCGCAACGUCGUCGUUGCCUCACCGGGCAUUUCCCCCCUCAAGACACAGCCGUCACCCUCGAACGAGAAGCUGCAGAGGCGGACACCGCCGAAGCGAGAGGAAGAGAAGAUCAGUGUGGAAAAGAGCGGAGGAGAGGACGAUGAGGGCUUAUACGGCAUGCUGGAUGUGUACAUGUGGUACCCGAAGUCACAACCGGAGGUCACCGAGAUAGUGGUGACGCCGACGGCGGCAGCGACUCCCAUGGCCAACACGAUCACCACCACGACGACAGAUCUUCGUCAGUCCACGAUCGCCAGUGCGGGGACGGACAACGAGGCGUCGCUGCUGAUGGCGUCCGCCACGUCGGGCGUCCGUCCGUCUCUCGCCACGACGGUGACGGUGUACGCCCUGCCCGGGGAGGACCGCGGACUCAUGCUGACUUCGCUGGUGGAAGCCUCCGCAGGAACGCCGGAGCCAAUCACGGAGGAGGCGAAGUUGCUGGAGAAGCUGCAGCCAUGUCCCACGCGACUGGGGCCACAGGAGGCGACCGCAGGAGGCGAAGAGGAGGACGAUGAUCUGCGAUGUGUGGGAACCCUUUCAACUUCGCUGCCAAAGCAGCGUCGUGCGCCUGUGGAGCAGUCUCUUCAGAAAGAGGGCGAAAUGGAGAGGGCGAGGUCGGAGGGUACGUACGUGGCGCAGCACUCUUCCACUGCGAAGGAAGCACCGCCAUCUCCGGCCACGGAGAGCCGCCGAAAGCAGUUUUCUCCGCUUAUAGCGUCGGCUCUGGCUGCUGCGAUAACGAAUGCUGGUAGGGCCGCGGCUGUUUCUGCUGCUGACGGCGGUAGUUUUGGUGUUGGUGGCACCGCAGAGCAGAAUGCAGGAGAGCGGGAAAGGCUCGCUCGUGACGAGAGGAUUAGCACGGAAGGCGUCAACCCCACUGGGGAAGGCACGCCGCACCGAACUGCUUUACAUGAGACAGAUGCCCGACCCACAACGUCAUACAUGUGCUUUCGCAGUAAAGCAUCAGCAGCAGCUGCUGCAAAGGCGGUCAACAGAGCAGAAGCGCUCGGCGUGUCAGCCUCUUCUUCCACGCAGAGUGCUGCUCGAUCAGCUCCGUCUCCUGUGGCAGCCGACGCACGGCGUGACAGCCGUGGCGUUGGAGGUCGCCACCGAUUCCACUUGCGGAACGGUGAAGCGGACGAGGUGACCGAGGCGUUCUCCAGCAAAGCCGCCACUGCCCCGCCAGCGUCCAGUGAGUUCACCGAGUCGUCGCUUGGCUUCUCCAGCGCAGGGCCAUCGCCACUGCGGUAUGAGCAUCACCAGGAGCAGCAGCAGCAUGAGCAGAAGGACCUCGUUUACUCAAGUAUGCUAGAGACGGUCUCUCCGGUGCGUGUGGACCGCGAAGGCGUGUACGAUGCCAGGGCCUCUCUUCUCCUCUCCUCCACCGGCCAUGGAGACAGCAACGAGGCGAACACUGGGAGAGACGAUCGUCACACAACGACAGGGGUGCACCCCCUGCCAGUGGGUGGGGUGCCGCUGUCACAUCCGGAGGUGCCUGAAGGCGACGGAGCGGCGGGUGGGGCGGCGGUACACCGUGGUAGCCGCAACGGCCCUACCCGCCGCUCCGCCACCUUCCGCAACACCGACUUGUCUGCCCCUGCCGGUCUCUCCGCCGCAAAGCCGGUGCACAAUGUGUUGGAGGAAAACCGACGUGUCAGGGAGACGAAGGCGCGCGCGGUUGUGAGAGGUGUUUCACGACGAUCACCACCACCAUCACUGCCCUCAGCAACCGCACCGCCGUCACGUGCCACGCCAGGUGAACUCUCCGAAGUACUCAAGCAGCACCGGCAGCAACCAACAACAGCGGCAGCAGCGGGGCUCAGCAGCAGCAGCAGCAGCGGCAGCGGCGGUGGCCACGCCCUCGCUGAUCGCCGCCGGUCGAGCGAAGCCAGCGGGUACACCGACAGCGUGAACUCCCAGUCGCGCUUUAUGGCGCGUCCCGGCGCGCCAUCUCCCGCGGCGUCCCCUACGCACUCCGUCCACGUGUCAUCGCCGUGCUCUUCGCCAACGCAGAAGGCGAGGCAGCGGUGCUCACCGACGCUCUUCACGUCGCAGCCCACGGGCAGUGAGACAGCAAAAGGGGCGGUAGAGAGCUCGGCAGGGGCCUCAACGGCAUCCAUUGGCGCUUCCGCAGCGGCGACGGCAGAAUCGCACGACUCAUUGCCGAAUAAGCAUCGAGAACACGCACCGGCCACGUCAGCAAAUGGAGAAACCUCGUGCUCAGUGAGCACGUUGUCUCGCCCACAUCCCCCACCAGCAGCGACACCAGCAAAUACGACGACAAUCAAAGCGGCACCUUUGUAUGCGCUGCCUGCGCUGUCAGUUGCACGACCCUUCAUGGCUGAUGCUGUGUUGCCGAAGCAGAACAGCGACGGCAGCAACAAACAAAGAGAAGAGCUCCGACCCAGGCGUCCAAACAGCAACGGCUGUCAGUCCUUGCGUCUCGGCGGCACAUCUGUGUUGACUACGGGACAAUACCGGGUGUGGGGAAGCAGCGAAAGCUGUCAAAUCGCCCCAACACGCCGGGUGGCGAGUGCCUCGGCGAGGGACGGGUUUCGGCAGCUGGGCUCGUCGUUGUUUUGGAACUCAGGAGGCGCUCUGUCCGCGCCAGCGGCAGUGUCAUUGCCUUCGCCAACGCACCUCGCGCCACGUUGA